AUGGCGCUGAACCUGAUUCUCACGUUGGGGCCAUUCAAACACCGUAAGGAUUUGACCCGUGAAUCGGUGUUAUCAACAUAUCAGAUCAUCGGCUAUAUCGCAGCCGGAACGUAUGGUAAAGUCUACAAAGCCAAACUAAAGAACACAGCCAGCGCAGAGCAGCUCUUUGCUAUCAAAAAGUUCAAAAGCGAUAACCAUCUGAGUAACAGAAGUCAUCAUAACCACGAUAUAAAUGGUAAUGAAAUUGUUCACUAUACCGGUAUAUCUCAAAGUGCCAUACGAGAAAUGUCUCUAUGUCGUGAACUCAACAACAAGAACAUCACCAAGUUGGUGGAUAUCAUUCUUGAAAACAAGUCCAUCUACAUGAUAUUUGAAUUCUGCGAGCACGAUCUCUUACAAAUUAUCCAUUACCAUUCCCAUCCGGAAGUUAAGCCUAUACCACAGGCUACUGUGAAAUCGCUAAUCUGGCAGAUUUUGAACGGAGUUACAUUCUUGCAUCAGAACUGGAUAUUUCACCGUGACUUAAAGCCUGCUAACAUCAUGGUGUCAUCCAGUGGUGUAGUGAAAAUAGGUGAUUUAGGAUUGGCUCGUAAGUUCAAUAAUCCUUUACAGUCGCUUUAUACUGGUGAUAAAGUCGUAGUAACCAUCUGGUACCGUGCUCCAGAGCUAUUACUUGGAGCUCGACACUAUACUCCCGCUAUUGACUUAUGGGCUGUAGGCUGUAUUCUCGCAGAACUCUUGUCGUUGCGUCCUAUCUUUAAAGGUGAAGAAGCCAAAAUAGAUAUCAACAACAAGAAGUCCGUACCUUUCCAGAAAAACCAGUUCCAGAAAAUCGUAGAAGUACUUGGAACUCCCAGCAUGAAGAACUGGCCCGCGUUGAACAAGUACCCGGAGUUCAUUUCCUUCCAGCAACAACUAACCACCAACUAUCCUCCUAACUUAGUCAAUUGGUACAAGAUGAUCGGAAGCUCCAACAAGCAAUGUCUAGAACUUCUUAAGGGUCUCUUGGAGUACGAUCCCCUUGUAAGACUCACCGCCGAUAAUGCUUUGGUUCAUCCGUACUUCUUAGAGCUUCCUAAGGUACAAGAGAACGCUUUUGAAGGGCUCAACUUGAAGUAUCCAAAGAGAAGAAUCUACACAGACGACAACGACAUCAUAUCCAACCAGGCCAUUAACCAAAACUUCAAGAGACAUGGAGGAGCCUACGACGACCAGCACAAUAAUUCGAAUAACAAUACCAACAACUCACUCAAUGCUAACAAUGCCAAUAACGUACCGAGAAAGAGAGCAAGAUAGAAGAAGAGAUUUAACUACCGAACUUUUAAGUGUAUAUGGUAAUAUAUAUUGGGUUGAGGGAUCAAAGAUGUUGUAGAAGGCAAAUUGCACUAUUAAAAGAACAAAAAGCUUGUGGAAUUGUCUGCCUUGAAAAAGCAAGGUUUGCACGAGUUUUGCUUCUUUUGUCAAACUUGCAAGUAAGAGCUUUGAAACAGAACAAUUCCAACUCUUCGCUAUAGUAUUUAUUAUAUGCAGGCAAAUAUCAAACACAGAUAUUUAUAGAGUAGAUCAACUUUUUUCUACUCUGCAAAUCU